UCGCGAGCGCCCCAGAAGCGCAGAGGCGGGUAGGGAGGUUGAGGCGGGGUGCAGAGAAGCCGAGAGGGAGAGACGGAGAGGAGAAGACGCGGGGAGCCGGGUGGAGCGCAGCGAGUGAGCGCGGGGGAGCGGGACCAGGGCUGCCGACCCCUCCCACUCGCGCCUCCUGCCUCCUGCCUCCCGCGCGGUAUUUUUACCCGAGCUCAGCCCUCCUCCUCCCUCCUCCGGCCUCCCUCCUCACUCACAGCCCGCUGGCGGCGCGGCGCGUGGAGCAGCGCCGGGGAGUCCAGCCGGCCCCUCAGCCCGGGACCCGGAGCCGCGCGCCCCCUGCCCCCAGCGCCAUGGACCCCAAGGACCGCAAGAAGAUCCAGUUCUCGGUGCCCGCGCCCCCGAGCCAGCUCGACCCCCGCCAGGUGGAGAUGAUUCGGCGCAGGAGACCAACCCCUGCCAUGCUGUUCCGGCUCUCAGAGCACUCCUCACCAGAGGAGGAAGCCUCCCCCCACCAGAGAGCCUCAGGAGAGGGUCACCAUCACAAAUCGAAGAGACCCAAUCCUUGUGCCUACACACCCCCCUCACUGAAAGCCGUGCAGCGCAUCGCAGAGUCCCACCUGCAGUCCAUUGGCAACCUGAGCGAGAACCCGGCCUCAGAGGAGGAGGAUGAACUGGGAGAGCUUCGAGAGCUGGGCUACCCAAGGGAGGAAGAUGAAGAUGAGGAUGAGGAGGACGAGGACGAGGACGAGGAGGAGGAGGACAGCCAGGCUGAAAUUCUGAAGGGCAGCAGGGGCUCUGCUGGGCAGAAGACAACCUGUAGCCAGGGUCUGGAGGGAACCUGGGAGCGCCCACCCCCUCUGGAUGAGGCUGAGAGAGAUGGAACCUCUGAGGACCAAGUGGGAGACCAGGCACUAAAUGAGCCUGGGGAGGAGCCGCACCAUCCUGCCCUACCUGAGCCAGGCACAUAGGCACCCAGCUCUGCAUCUCCUGGAAGGAAGUGGAGGGGGCAUCACUGUUCCCCAGAAACCCACUCUGAGUGUCCCCACCCUGUUUUGUACCCAUCUCCUCACUUGCUAGGUCUGAGGCUUCUGACUUCUAGAAGAAUAAGGCUGGUCUGUGUUUGCUUGUUUGCCCACCUUUGGCUGAUGCCCAGAGACCCUGGGCACUUGCUGCCUGAUGCCUCCCCCUGCCAGUCACCCCCAUCCAUCCACCCAACAGGAAACGCAAGAGCUUGCAUUGGAACAUUCAGUGAUGGGACCAAGGUUGAUCCUACUCCCCAGAUCCUCUCCCCCUGGCCACAGGAAACCCACAGGGCAGGACCCCAAGAUCUGGGGGAAGGGGGUGCUGAGAACUUGUAGGUGCCCCUAGUUCUUUAUCACUCCCUCUUCUCCCUUCACUGGCUUAUACCAGGAGCCAGGAUUCAGACAUCCUUCUCCAUAGCUUCAAUUUUUUGGAAAUCUUACUCUUCUAACCCUGCUCCUCUCCAGCCUGGGUUCCUGGAAGAUGGACUGGCAGAGGGUGCUUUGUUGCGUUUUGUUUGUGCUUUGAUGCCAGGAAUGCUGCCUAGUAUAUACCCUUCUGUGGGGGGCACAUGGUGGGAGGACCCUGGUUCCCUCUGUCCUCCAGCUGCUCUGCUCCCUUCCCCUCUUCCCCGACUCCAGGCCUGAAUUGCUUCUGCGCUGUAAUAAACCUUUGUAGAUAA